GGCCUACGCAAGGAAUGUGGCAUUCCAUAACCCCCCGGGGCCGCAAGUCACUCACACAACCGACUGCUGCCGCCGCCAUAUGAGGCCAAAUAUGCGCGCGCCUGGCUUUGGAAUCCGACGCAGCACCCGGCGGACUCGUGUGCACUCGGUGUAUAACAUGAUGAUGGGAGGUACAGUAUGUCGGAACCGAACUAUCAUUUAUCUCAUCGCACCGCGCCGCUGCUGCGUUGUCAGUGAUUCGAGAGCACAAUCAGCAACAACGAAGCAACUCGACGCAAUAGCAUUGAAAAAGUGGGGGGGGAAAAAUACAAUAAGCGACGUUUCGGCCAAUGCAGUUUUAUUGACGGAUUUUGACUUUAUUAUUUAACUAAUUGGGCGUCAACCCGUAGCUGAAUCCACCCGCUAGAGGACGUCUUGCUUUAAGGUGCUUCUUCAAAUCCCAAAAAAUACGACGUCAUUUGUUCUGUUUCGCUCUGCCAAAGAAAAUCCACAACAGCGGCUGGUGGGAAGGGCAAACUCCACCGAAGGAUCCAACAUCACCCCCCUCCCUCCCGAUCUCGUCCGCGUUCCCGGACGUACCCAGCACAGGAAAUGACUGCACAGCGCCGGACGAACGCGCAGUCGGCCAAGGGAAGUUGCGCAGCCUCCCGCACUCGCGUUUGCGGAUACUGCAUUUGCAUCAUCGGCACGGGCACCGACGACGCGCAUUGUGCGGGACAAAGGAUCUAACACACACCCACACACCCACACUGGCGUACACACACGGGGCUCUACAUCAUACACACACCGCUCACGGACACACGCGCGCACGCCACGCGCGCGUACACAACACGUGUCACAGCAGAAGGAGCCACAGCGACGUUGCAGAUCAUCCCGAGGGGGUGCAACAGCGAGCGGUGGGGGGGGAGAACAUUUUAUUUGGUGGCGGCGAAUCAUUAUUCCAAAAGAAGGGUUCCCGAGAUUGGUGCAGUGCGAGACGAGGUCGCGUCUGAAUCCAUCACGAUGUUGACCCGGGCAGGCAAAGCGCGUCCGUGGCAGACGCCGCCGCCGCUGCUGCUGCUGCCCGCGGUGCUGGUUGUGGUGCUGCUGGCGGUGCCAGUCGGUGGCGCGCAGGAUGGAGGAGGAGGAGAGUGCCACGCUGCUUUCGACCUCUACUUCGUACUGGACAAAUCGGGGAGCGUGGGGAUGCACUGGAAUGAAAUCUACGACUUCGUCAGAGAGCUCACGGAAAAGUUUGUCAGCCCGAUGAUGCGAUUGUCAUACAUCGUGUUCUCCUCCAGGAGUUACGUCAUCAUGGAAUUGACAUCCGACAGAGAAAAGAUUAAAAAGGGUUUGGAGGACUUGAAAAAUGUACAACCAGCCGGAGACACUUACAUGCACGAGGGCAUCAACGAGGCAAUCGUACAAAUCGAGGGUGAACAACAGAAAGGGAGAAGAGUGUCGAGUGUGAUUGUGUCCCUCACCGAUGGGGACCUCGUUGAAAACCUCUUUCCCUACGCCAAGAAAUCGGCUGACAGGGCAAGGUCGGUUGGAGCCUCUGUCUAUGCCGUUGGCGUAAAAGAUUUUAAGUAUGAACAGCUCGCCGUGAUCGCAGACAGCAAGGAACAUGUGUUUCCAGUCAACGGGGGUUUCAGCGCCUUGCGAAACAUCAUCAACUCCAUCCUGAAGAAGUCAUGCACCGGGAUCACAUCCGUCGACCCGUCAAGCAUCUGCAUCGGAGAGGAGUACGACAUCGUGAUCCAGGGGAACGGCUUCACGCGUGCGCGGGCCGGGGAGAACACGCAGUGCAUCUUCCAGAUCAACGACACCACGUCCAUCACGGAGAAGGCUGUGGAUGUGACGGAGACGUACAUGCGCUGCAGGGGACCCGUCAUCUACGAGUCCGGAAAGACGGUUCAUUUGCAGGUCAGCAUCAAUGAGGGGCAGUCCUUCCUGACGAGCUCCACCACCAUCACUGCCGCCAAAUGCUCGAACGGGAUCAUCGCCCUCAUCGCCAUCCUCGUCAUCCUGCUGCUGGUGGCCCUCGCCCUGCUUUGGUGGUUCCUCCCUCUCUGCUGCACCAUUGUUGUGAAGCCGAUUCCACCUCUGCCGCCACCACCUCCGCCAGUGAAAGAGGAGGAGCCGGAGGAGAUCGCACCAAAAAAGAAGUGGCCAACGGUGGACGCGUCCUACUAUGGUGCCGGCGGGAUCGGUGGCAUCAAGCCAAUGGAGGUACGCUGGGGCGGCAAAGGCUGCACAGAGGAAGGGGCCAGGCUCAAGGCAACCCCCAACGCGGUCGUCACCAUGCCCACGGAGGAGGAGGUCCAAUUCCAACAAACCCCCCGACCCCAGAGGAAUGGCACGGCCGAAACCCCCCGCUCGCCUGCGCCGCAGUGGUUCGCUCCGAUCAAGGGAAUGCUGGACGCUCUCUGGGCCCUCAUGCGAAGUGGCUACGACCGCGUGUCGGUGAUGAGGCCGCAGCCCGGCGAUAAGGGUCGCUGCAUGACCAUGAGGCGCACUUGACGGAGGGCGGCUGGACCGCGAGCAGAAACAAAGUCGAAGAUUAUCUUCCCGCGUGACAUUGCACCCACGUCGGCCAUUUUCUUUUUUUUAAGCAGGCGGCCAUCUUGAUUGGGAGGCAGCGGGUCACGCCUAACCAAGGGGGUCAGCAACCAAAAUGAACAAGAAGAGCCGUUUUUGUUCGAAUUCGGCGCAAAACUCAACAUUUCAAGGGCCGCGAUGCAAGCGGAUGCCUAAACACACACACACACACGUACAUUACGUCGCGAAGCUGUCCGCAAAGAGCCGCACGUGCCUCCGUAGCGGCACGUUUGCCGACCCCUACCGCGAAACGUAACACCCCACGCCAACGAAUGUGAACGCCACUGCUGCCACCGGGUCCCGGUCUUCCCAGGAUCGGCCUCCGUUUGAGGUUGUUUUCCGGAAUCUGUACGUCUUCCCAGGAAAUUAAAAAGUUCCUGAUGGUUUUUUUUGGAGGUCAGAUGCUUAAUAAUACACCAUUCGUGACAAUGCGCGUGUGGAUGUAGUUCUACCUUCUGCCAGUAUUGUGAGCUAUUCCUCUUGCCAUAUGCCCCAUGGUUUUUUUUGUAUAUUGGAGGUGGCAACCCUAACGGAUUGCAUUCAAGCGCAAGCGAUCUAGAACUUCUCAUAAAGCGACGACAAGAUCCAUGGCGAUAGGCUGCAGAGCAGACUACACUCUACUUUUGGCAGGGUUCAAUCCCGUCUCCUUAUGUACCGUAUGUUUAACUUUUGUCAACCUGUACCUAGCAAGCCAACCAUGCUAAUCGGAGGUGCGGGGAGAAGGACAACAAACUAAACACAAAUAAGUUCUAGCUUGUUGAAGUGAAUUCCCACCCCUACCUUGUUCUCUGGAUUAUACGACGCAUCCCUCCCCCCGACCCCCUGUAGUUUUUAGCAGAAGUUGGGGGUGUGUGUCUUUAUAAUCUGGCAGGUGUUUGUGUGAUCAUAUUAGCUUAACUUGAUCGACUCCCGGGCACAAGUUUGAGGGAUAUCUUCGUUUCGGGAGCAUCUUAUGAUCUAGAGAAUGAGGUAGAUGUUGGGCCCGGAUAUUUGUUAACUUCCCCCUUUCCUGUGUGUCUUGUCCGUUUGUCUGUGUAAAUCAACGGACUUCUCAUGAACACGAGAAGAUCUAUUUGUCCUGUUGUCAAUCGUUCAAAUAAAUACUGCCUGUGAUAAAGAAACCAGACAAUUAUAUAGACCGUGCAGAACAGUCAUUUAUGUUUUGGCUGUAUUUAGCAGCAUUUUCUUAAUAAUAUAAGUAUUGGUGUCAUUAUGGUGUAUGCUUUACAGCUUCUGAAUCCAAAUAUAAAUCAUUACUCAUUACAUCUACUUGACUUUACAGCUCAGCCAACGAUAUCUUUCAGCCUAGGCUCUAGGAAUAUUGCCUUUUCAGACUUUUAGGCUCAGUUUCAGACCUGAUUUGGUAUUUUAAGAUUAUAAUUUAAAUGUAUUGCAUUUUAAUAAAUUUAAGGAUUUUAAAUAUUAAUAAUUUAUUUCAUGUCUUUUAUAUCAAGCAUCAUCGGUAGAACAUGUCAUAUAUCACUUCCUGUGAUGGUACAUUUUCGCAUGAAUCCAAAAGUAUUUUUUUUACAUCAUCCGAAAUUUCAUAUCUAGGCCUGAUUUUCUGAUUUUUCGGAUGCAUUCCAAAAACAUUGGGAAGACAAUCCCAAGUAGACUCAUAAACGCCUCCACUCUUUCUAUUGCACUGGUUUUCUGCCUACACAUGGAGACAGAACACCGCUUAUCAGUGGCCCUUGUUGAAGCCAAGCGGGGAAGUACGCCGACAUAUCUCAUGUUGAGUACGUUUUACCCUCGCCGCUGAUGCCUGGUGACAUUGAGCCGGCUAAAUUAAACACAAGUUUGGCUCACGUUGGCCAUGAUUGUACUCGCUGAGAUGUUUAAUAAUUCCCGCCUCGUGUGGGGUCCGGUCGGCUCUUCGUUGCUGCAGGCAGCAUUAUCCACAGUCCACGUAUUCUUGAAUUUGCAACUGCUUUUCCCAAAAAUGUUACGACACUUAUAUAAUAAUUUGUUAGUCCAGUGCUGGAUGAAGGCCUCCUCACGUGUACCGGUUCAGAUAUCGAUCGCCGCUGAUGUCAAACGCUGCCGAGAAUGUAACUCAGGUCAUCGGGUUCAUCGCGCGGUGUGCUAACUAGCCACAGGGCCACCACUUUGCCUCGUCACGCGAUGUGUUACGUGAAAAGCUUUCGGGUUGCAAAGGGACGUGCAAGACAAUAAAUUAUCAAAAUGGUUUGGAAACAAAUGACAAGGUAUGUGUAGGCUCAGACGUUGUGUUGUAUUUUUUGUUACGUCUACACCUGUGUUAUAGCAUCCGUAUGCAAUUGUGAGCAUUAAGAGCCAAACAUACCCGAGUAGGUGUGACUCUGUGGUAUAUUGCCAAUGUUCUUUUUUUACUGCCUAUUUGCCUUCACGCCUACCUCCAAGAAAUAUUAAAUUAUGAGUAGACAUUGCCAGGGAAUUUCUGUCUCUGCAUGAGUUUAGUGUUGCACCUCCCUUGACUGCAACGUGCCCCCGAGCUAGACUGUUCAUCUGUACAUAAAUUGCACGGAAGAAAUUCACACAUUUCAAUCAACUGUGUGCCUAUAUGGGUUCGCUAAUAGUGAAAAGCUUGUAGAUGUACAUUUUUUCAAGGUCGGGACAACAACAACAGCAGCAGCAAUAACAACAACAACAAAACGUUGCGAAAGUGCAGAUGCGGUAAUCGAACAGUGGUUGCAAAGGUGCGCCUCUUUCGUGGUUUAUUAACAUGCGCACUCGCCGAUCCUAAAGCUAAACGCGCAACAGGAACGGCCCUCCCCUUGACCGCAGGACACGCGUACAGUGCGGCCGGAGAGCACCAUUUAUUUAAGGGAGGCCGCACCACUUUAAUAACGAGCAUCUGCACCGACGGUUACCAAGCUGUGAUCCGCCCGGCUGCCAAGUUUCUGUCGCGCGCGCGAUGGCCCCCGAGAGAGCGCGCGAUGCGCGCGCGCGCGCGCGGGCAUCGCGCGUCUUUGGGAGGCGUCCGUAUAGCCUCGUGCGAGCACGCGCGCGCUCGCCUCGCCACUACUCCGUGCGGUUCUUUUUUGCCGAUGUUUUUUUCACGUUCGCCUCGUUUUUUUUUAGCCGGGGAUUUUGUUUGGCGGCGGCGGCAGCAGCGAGCCGCAGAAGAAGGGCAAGUUGUUGUUGUUGCUGUUGCUGCUGUUGUAUCGGCCCAUUGAACGCGGGCGUUUGACGCCGCGCAGAAUAUUGCGUUGAAACUAACGCUGCCGGCCUUCACAGUAUUGAUGAAAGCCCCAAAAAGAUAAAUAUUCCCAAAAAUAUAUUUACUUGAAUUCAGUGUACGUAACUAAUCUAGCGAGUAAUUACAACGUCAUGUAGACCACUAAUACCACAGUAGAACCUUAAACGUUGCUUGUGAAACCGUUGUAUCUGGAUAUCAUGCUUGCUUUUUUUAUAAUAAAACAUGCGUUUCUUUCCCAACUU